CGUCAGACUCUACAUUUCCCGCUGUGUGUGCUCCUCCAGGAGAUGGGUCGUCAUGAUGACCUGUGGUCAUUGUUUUACAUGUUGGUGGAGUUCGCUGUAGGACAGUUGCCAUGGCGAAAGAUCAAAGAUAAGGAACAAGUCGGUCAGAUCAAGGAGCGGUACGACCAUCGGAUGCUGCUCAAACACAUGCCUUCAGAGUUUAAUAUCUUCCUGGACCAUGUCCUGGCCCUGGACUACUACACCAAACCAGACUACCAGCUGCUGAUGUCGGUGUUCGAGAACAGCAUGAAGGAGCGAAUCAUCACAGAGAACGAGCCUUUCGACUGGGAGAAGGGAGGGGGCGACGUCACGCUGUCGACCAGUGCGUCCACCCAACCACAGCACAACACCCGACCCACCGCCGCCAUGGUGGGAGCCAUCGUGACGCCAGUUCCUGGAGAUCUUCAGCGGGAGAACACAGAUGAUUUUCUGCAGGACAAACAUCUCAGUGAUCAGGAGAACGCCCCCCCGGCCCCACCCAGUCGACCCCCUGGGGAGACGGGUGUCCAGCAGACCGGAGAGACGGGAGAAGCCUGGGAGGACACUGACUUCAACCGCAACAGACUCAGGAUCAGCCUGAACAAGGGGGCUCAGGAGGAGGAGGUGGGUCGGGCGGUGUGUCCGGUAUCGCCAGUUCGAGGCGGAGCUCCAGAGUCACCGACAGGUCAGGGUCGGUCUUUACGGUAUCGCCGGGUCAACAGCCCUGAAUCUGACCGGCUGUCUGCUGCCGAGGGUCGGGUCGACGGCUACGGACAGAGGUCUAGGAUGGACAUCCUCGGCUCCCCUUCUCGUCACGUCUACUCCUCCCAACCUGCACAGAUGCUGUCCAUCGACCCUGGUUGCCGCGGGGAUCGACAGGUCAGUGGUCGCCAGGAGGUUUCGGUGGCGUCCGUCGACCAGGAGGCGCACAGCAACGCUUUCAUCCGCUCUGUACCACUGGCCGAGGAAGAGGACUUUGACAGUAAAGAGUGGGUGAUCAUCGACAAAGAGACGGAGUUACGAGACUUCCAACCAACCACUUCAGGGACGACUGAUGAGGAGCCGGAGGAGCUGCGUCCCCUAGAGGAGCAGGAGGAGCGGAGGAGGCUCAGGGCAGCAGGAGGGGAACUGGUGGUUCGUCCAAAGACUCACACCCGGGAAAGCAGCCGAGGGAUGCUAACGCUAACGGAGGAGGAGGCGUCGAGGAGGAGUGGUGGGAGCCCCGCCCAGUCACCCUGUCACUCGCUGCCAUCGGGACGCCCCCGUCGGAGAGAGUCGGAACCCACUGGACCUCAAAGACCG